CUCGAGCUGUUUUCUCCUCCGCCAACGGCCGCCGCAGCAGUUCAGUGUGUCAGCUUUCAUAUGAGCAGUGAUGAGCAGCAGAAGCCGCAGGUCCUGUGUGAAGAGUCGUUCCAGCUGUGUGGGACACAAAGACCUGGAUGGACGACUGACUCUACAGAAGCCUGGAUGGACAAAAGACGAGGAUGAGAAGCUGCUCAGGCUGGUGAAGGCGUUUGGAUCAAACAGCUGGUCUUCAGUUUGUCUUAAUUUUAAAGGUCAGAGGUCACAGGUGGAGUGUCAGCGCAGGUGGCAGCAGAUCAAGAAUCCAGAGCUGGUUAAAGGUCCCUGGACUCAGGACGAGGACAAGAGGGUCAUCGAUCUGGUUCAGAAGUACGGCAUGAAGCGCUGGUCGCUCAUCGCCAAGCACCUGCACAGUCGUAACGGGAAGCAGUGCCGUGAGCGCUGGCACAACCACCUGAACCCAACGGUGAAGAAGAGCAGCUGGACGCUGGAGGAGGACCACGUCAUCUGUCAGGCCCACAGACUGCUGGGAAACCGCUGGGCAGACAUUUCCAAGCUGCUGCCAGGCAGGACAGAUAACUCCAUCAAAAACCACUGGAACUCCACCUUGAAGAGGAAGGUGGAGAAGGAGGGGUACCUGCACAUCUUACACCUCCACCACUCCUCCAGCUCCUCCACCACCAGACCAGAACCCAGGACCUGUGCUCCACCCAGCAGAGCCCACAUCAACAAGCAGGCACACAGUCUGUCCUCUGUGAAUGACCAUUCCAGCUGCACCUCCAGUGAUCAGAGCGUGUGCGGACGCCAUGGCAACCAUGCGCACCUGUGCUCCGUCUGUGUCCCUGCCUCCUCCUCCUCAGGUUACGACUCCUCUCUGAGCAUGUGCGAGCUGCCAGCACCUGUGGAGGUGAUGGAGGUGGACGCAGAGACCUGGAGUCUCCACCCAAAGGAAGUGACCUCAUCGCUUUCCACCUGCCUGUACAGAGUGGACACUGACCCGUCAGUCAUCAAUCUGAGCAGGAGUUACGAGCAGCUGGUGAAUGCUGAGGGUGGAGCCUCCUUCAUGGACUCCACCUCCUCCUGGACCAGGAGUAGCACACAGGCAGCUCUGAGCUUCUCUCCCUCUGAAUUAUUCAGUCUGUGUGGUGUUGAGGACCUGAAGCUACAGAAUCCAGUUCUCACCUCCACCCCUGUCUGCUCCCUCAAACACUCCACCAACAUGAACCAGCACCAGGAUCAGGACCAGGACCAGGACUCCUGUCAGCACUGCAGCCACGCUGCCCCCCCAGAGAGGGCUCAGAGGACCCCCUCAGAGAUCAGACACAUGCUGAAGUCGGCUCCUCUCACUCCGACUCCCCUGAAGAUGAACAGCAGCAGGCGUGAUGAGGUGUCCGUCUGCUGGAGGAGCAUGAAUCUGACGUGGGACAGUCAACAGUCGAGCAGCAGCUCUGAGGUCCAGGGAGAGAGUCUGCUGAGCUGCAUCCUGCAGGUCCAGACAGCAUCCAGCUCCACCUCGGAGGUCCAAAGAGGGUCCAGCACCACCUCGGAGGUCCAAACAGAGUCCAGCACCACUUUUGAGGUCAAGGAAGAGUCCAGCACCACCUCGGAGGUCCAAACAGAGUCCAGCACCACCUCGGAAGUCCAAACAGAGUCCAGCACCACCUCGGAAGUCCAAACAGAGUUCAGCACCACCUCGGAGGUCCAAAGAGACUCAAACACCACCUCGGAGGUCCAAACAGAGUCCAGCACCACCUUGCAGGUCCUUAAAGGGUCCAGCACCACCACGGAGGUUCAAACAGAGUCCAGCACCACCUCGGAGGUCCAGGAAGAGUCCAGCACCACCUCAGAGGUCCAGGAAGAGUCCAGCUCUGUCCAGCAGCAGGUCCAGAGAGCUGUGCUGAGCUGUGACGAGUUGGGCUGCUUCCCGUUGGAAGGACAGAUGGAUGUGUGGUGGCGUCAGCAGCCAGUCGGCUUUCAGCACUCUCCUGAAUGUCCUGCAUACCAACUGAACCCCUUUGAGCAGCUCAGCGUUGACUUCGAGGUGGUACUGUUCGGGAAAACAGACGAUCAGAUGAGUCUGACGGAACAGGCCCGGCUCUACGUGGAACCCUGAUCCGCAUCAACCGUCGGCUGAUACCUGCCUUCUUCAUCAGUGACCUGAGGAUGUUUUUAUCAGUCAUAUAGAUGAUCAGUCUGCUGAGUCAUCCUACAGAUCAUGAGUCAGCGUUUUAAUGACUGCAGAAAGUCAUCAGUUCAGAUUAUUGAUGGGUUCAUUGAUUUAUUGAUCAGCAGUCAGAGAAAAACUCUUUUUAAAUGAUUCUGUGUGAAAUAUAUUUUAUUUAUUUAUUUAUUUCUACACCUGUUUAUGUAUUUAUGUAUAUUUAUUAUCCAUAUAUUGAUUUAUUUAUACAUGGUGAUUGAUUUAUUGGCUGCUGGACAUGUUGAAUGUAUGUCAUCUUUAGGUUUUGACACAGAGACACUUUAUAUUUAAAACUUUGCACAAACUGAAUUUUAACCUCAGACUUCUUAAACUUUAAUUAUUCAUCAGUUUUUAUUCUUUGAUUGAAAAUAUUUUACACAGACUCUUGAAUCUGCACAAAAACAGAAGCUUUAUACAGGUUUUAGACAACCUUUGGAUAACCUUUAUUUAACCUUUCUAUAACCUUGAUUGACAUUGUUCUGUUUGUGCACUAAAUAAAUGAUGAGUCAUGAAAAGAC